AUGCAUAAGUAUUUAGGCAAAAACGGUACGGAAUCGGGUAGCGGUAAAAAAAAUGACAUGGCGUUAAAACAUGGUCGCGAAGUGCCUCAUGGUGUUUUUCAAAUUGGCAAAUCAAACGUGAAAAACGGUUGUUUGGCUUUAGCGCUAUUAGUGGGUAAAGCCUAUUUGAACGACGAUACAAACGCACAGAAACUAAAGAGAAACCGUAACUUGACACUAAGUGAUUUAUAUACUGACGAUGACAUCACAAACGUUUACACGACUAGUUGUUUACCCGUUGGUCCGGUUCGUAUCAAUCAACUUGAACAGGUUUAUGAGAGGUAUUUAAAACCGGAAGGUAUUGAUUUAGUUGUUUUUUCUAAAAAUCAAGCCGACACCAUCGUUUACGAUUCCCGAUUAGAUGGUAAUCAGCGGAUACACCGCAUCACAAACAAUGUGAUAUUUCUUUGGUUAAACGAAAAACAUUACGAUCUUGUACUAUCACCGUAUACAUUUUCACGUUUAAAUUUGGGAAAAUUUUGUUUUUGUUGUAUGCGUUAUUUUCGUCGUUUUGAAACUAAGAAUACACACGUUUGUAUUUCGUCGCUGACUUGCCACCGAUGCUAUUCGAACACAGCAAAGUGUGUUGAGACACCGGGUUUUGUGCAACAGUGUAGCGAGUGCGGUAUUAUUUUUUAUAAUCCCGAUUGUUUUCGUAAUCAUUUAUUGCAAAAAGUAUUCAAAACCUCUGUGAACGGCAAAAUUUUUUCUGCACUGUCUGUUAUAAAUCUGUGACGUGAAAAACAAUGAUUUCCAGUAUAAAAUAUACAGCACACAAAUGUGACAAAAUGUUCUGUUUGCAUUGUAAUAAAAUGAAGAAAAAGAGAACAGCAAAAUGUGACGCAUCCCAUGUUAUACUUUUACGAUUUUGAAACACGUGUAAACAAAGACGAUAUUUACAUGAUUCCAUUUUACUGUGUCGUUCAAAAGGUGUGUGUGGCGUGUGACGAAAAACUAUUUGUAAAAAACUAUGAACAUUUUUUACCACAUCCUACCGAAGCGUAUACUGAUAUUUCUGUGGAACCCGUAGUUUGUUGCGGUCAUAGGCAAUAUGUGUUUGAAAAAAAUAAUGAGAGUAUCGUAGAGGAAUUAGUAGAUUUUAUGAUGCAGCAACCCAGGGAUAGUGUAUAGGUGGCACACAACGGGGGUCGUUUUGAUAAUAUCUUUUUAAUGCAUGAAUUGUUAGUACAUCGUAAGAUAGUGCCGAAGGUUAUUAUGAAUGGUAGUAAGAUUAUGUCUAUGGAAUUGGAAGAACGUAAUGUAAAAAUAAUUGAUAGUUAUUUGUUUCUUGCCAUGAGAUUAAGUAAAUUUCCAGAGGCCUUGGGGAUUAAGGAUGUGUCGAAGGGUUUUCACCCCUAUUUAUUCACCGAUUUAAACUAUGUGGGUCCCAUGAUAGGUUUAGAAUAUUUUGAACCACCUCCCGAGGGUAGUAAGGAACGGGGUAUUUUUGAUAAAUGGUAUGAGCAGCAGAAGGGUAAGACGUAUAUUUUUCGCGAGGCAAUCUACUAUUAUUGUCGUCUAGAUGUUGACAUUCUUAGACAGGGUUGUAUUAUAUUUGCAAGAUUGAUCCAUAAGGUUACGGGCAUCUUGCCCUUUUAUGACCGCACAUAUAAUAUUGUGGCGGGUUUGGCGCUUAAGAUAUACCGUAGGAAUUUUUUACAAGAAGAACAAAUUGGACAGGUGCCCGCAUGCGGUUAUGGGGGGAAGAAUAUCAAUCAAAGUGCCAUAGCCAUGUGUUGGUUACGGGAAAUCGAAAAGGAAUUAGGUGAAAACAACAGACAGCUUGCUAGUAAACUUUCUGUAGGUGGGGAAGUUCAGAUUAUGGGGCGUUACGUUGACGGUUAUUGUGAUGAAACGAAAACAAUUUAUCAAUUUCAUGGAUGUUUUUACCAUGGGGGUGAGAAAUGUUAUGAUGGUGACGCAUACAACAGUAUUGUUUGCGAGAAGUUUUUUAUUUUAUUAGCAAGUACUCAACAGGUAACAAGCAGUUUUCAACAGGCUGGUUAUACAGUAAUUGAAAAAUGGGAAUGUGAUUAUCGUAACGAAAGCGACAUAACACCGCAUCGUUUGAAACAAUUAAGUUUAGGGUCCUUCUUUGUAUAUUUGCAUUUAGAGCCACGUGAUGCUCUUUUUGGUGGGCGUACAUCUCCCGCUGUGCUUUAUUAUGAUAGUAGAAUUACCUGCUUACCAGCCAUGUAUUUUGACGUAUGUUCUCUUUAUCCGCACGUGCAAAAAAAAUUUGAAUAUCCCACACAACAUCCGACGAUUUUACGUGGUGAUGCAUGUAAGGAUGUUGAUUUAAAUUUUGUAUUUGAUUUGAUUAAAUGUAAAAUAUUACCACCAACAAACUUACUAUUUCCAGUUCUACCCUUUCGUUUGGAAAAACUAACAUUUCCCUUGUGUCGUACCUGUGUUUUAAAACAACAACAGCAAACAUGUAACCAUAACGACGAAGAAUGUGCGCUAUACGGCACGUGGACAAGUGUUGAGGUUUAA